AUGACAGAAUCGAAACAACGCGUGUUUCUCGAUCUUCCUGAUCCGGACAUGGAAACUGCUAAUUUGAAAGCGGCAACAAAUCUUUCACGCUCCGAAUUGAUUGAGAAGGCUGUCACGGAUCGCGGAGACGAAUUUUUCGAUGCCAAAGCUCCAGCGUAUCUUCCAAAAGAGGAAGAAGCGUUCAAUAUUGGUAUUCACGAGUUCUGGGGUCGUGAUCAAGCAUUAAGAGAUGAUCAAACAAAUAAUGCAGUCAAUGCAGCCUUGCCAUUUGCACCGGAAUGGAUAAGGCAGCUUUACAGUGAGGGAAAACAGCAAUGGGGGUACAUCUGUCUUUAUGAUGCUGAAGCUCAAAAACUCGAUGCAGAACGCCUUGAAAUUUUUCAAUCUGCACUAUAUAGCUUCUUCGAACAUGCACUUCGGUUUAAUGGCUCAAAAGAUAUCAUCAAUGGCAAAUGGCGAUAUAUGACGUUUAAUGCACCAGAUACUGCGUUUGCACCUCCUGCAACCUCUUUACAGGACAAAGAAAGCAACGGCGGGAGCGCCGGUCAGGAUACCGGUGCUUUAUUUCCAAAAGCAUUUCAGGAAAUUUUAGAAAAUCCGGAGACGUAUCAGCGAAGGGAAGAUGUCGUUCCGACUGAUGAAUAUAUAGGCAACCUCGAAAAUGGGAUUGCCGAUUCGGGAUUCCUCACAAAUACCUUCUCGUAUUUGAUCCAGGAAAAGAUGGUACACUUUGAGAGAGGCUCUAAGGCAUCGGGCAUUAUCUUGGUGUUAUCAAGCUUAAAGGGAGAGGUGAAUCAUACAUCUGUAUCGGCGAUUCUUUUUUUCAAUGGAUUUUCCAAAACUGGCAGCUGUUCACGGAGGGCAGGGGCAAUCGUCAGGGGGAAAAAAUUUGGUUGGUACUUGGCACCAACUGUUGGUGAUUCGGACGAUCCAAGAUACUUUUUGCUUCCAGCAUCCCUCCAUAAUUAUGGUCCAGAGAUUGCUAUCUGGAUAAUUAAGGUGAUCACAACAGACGAUAGUGUCAUUGGCGAACUUUUUCCACGAUAUCUCGAAACCGGGCAAAGUUAUAUGCAAGCUCUACGACUAUCAUUAAUCACAUUCAACUAUUGA